CUCUCACUGUCAUAAACUCGUGCUGCUUUCAGAGUGGCGUCACAUUCAUCAGGAGACGCUGAGCAGGUUCAGGCAGUGAUUUCAGAUUCCCAUCCACAGUCAUGUGGUGAUACAGUCUCUCUCUCUCUCGCACACACACACACACACACAGUCCCUCACUCGCUCACACUCAUCAUGGCCCAUCCGUACGACCCUUGGUUGCGCGCGGGACCACCGCAGGAGGAGGUGAGCGUGUCUGGCUGGUGGGAUGUGCACACUGGAGCAGCAGCAGCAGGAUGGAUGGACCUGCAGGGGGCGGGGCUGGGGGCGGGGCCAGCACAGGGCGGUUCCAUGAGCUCCUACACGGCUGACCCACAGAUGUGCUGCCUGCCGCCCUCCGGCUCCGCCCACUCUGGCCUGCACUACCCACCCGAGGGCUUUAAGAUGGAGCCGUUGACACAGGAUCUGCUGCCGCUCCCGCAGGCCUCCCCUUCCUACUCCUCAGAGGAGCAACAGGACGCCGCGGGCGCUUCUGCUCGACCGAAAUCACAGCGUCGCGCCGGGAGUCGCGCUCCCGGUCAGGCCUCCUGCCGGUGUCCCAACUGCCUGAGCGCCGAGUCUCUGGGAAGCGCCGGCGAUGGUGGUAAACGCAAGCACCUGCACAACUGCCACAUCCCCGGCUGUGGAAAAGCGUACGUGAAGACGUCGCACCUCAAAGCGCACCUGCGCUGGCACAGCGGCGACCGGCCCUUCGUCUGCAACUGGCUGUUCUGCGGCAAACGCUUCACGCGCUCGGAUGAACUGCAGCGCCACCUGCAGACGCACACUGGCGCCAAACGCUUCGGCUGCAGCUCUUGCCCGCGGGUCUUCCUGCGCGCCGACCACCUGGCCAAACACAUGCGUGUGCACGAGUCGCCAUGCCAACCGGCUGAAGAGACUCACUCGACGACGGCGGUGCCUGCGACAGGAAGUAGCGCUGCUGCGACAUCACUGCUCAGAGUGAAGACGGAAUCAGAGAACUGCGACGAUGACACGACGGUAGCAAACAGCUAAUCGCUCAACCACUCAAAGUCAUGUGACCAAUAAAACCAAAUUUACGGAUGUGCCGUUCAUCAUUCUGUAGGUGACUGAUGUGAACUAUAAUCACAUUUGAAAAUAAUCUGUAGAACGUGGCAUUAGGAUGAAACACAUAACAUAAUGCUUUUAUAUCUUCAGUUUUAUUUAUACUUGUACAUUGUAUGUUUCAUAUUCUCUGUUGAUUAACUUAAUAUGUUGUGUCCAUAUCUAUGUAUC